GAGCCGUUUGGUAAUGGAUAUGUGUUUAUUCAAAUGACGCUGUGGGAUAUUCAGCGACUUUCUGGGAAUUGAUAAUGCCAAGAAUUCUACGUAGAGCGUCGUUUUGAAAAAUAAUAUCUUUGGUCACUGAAUGCAAUUUAAUGCUAUUUAAGAUUGUGCGAUUGUUCUGGAGUUGAUCAGUUUUAAUCUGGAACUUGGUUUUGUGAUGUUAUUGGAACACAAAGAAAAGUGAAUUGAAAACUCGAAAAUGGAAAAUAUUUGUAUAAUCCGGUUUUGGUUAGCUUUGGUGGUUGCCUGCCACGUGAGUGUCUGGUGUCAAGAUAUACCCCCAGGGACACUAGAGCCCGAGUUGCAAGAAGCGACAACGGAUUUUGCUUUGGAUCCUGAAUCCACUAGUAUUCAGAUGAUAACCACCCCCCAUGAGGAUAGCAAAACGACAACUUCUGAUCCAAAUACUAUUCAGACAACAACUGCUCCUGAUGAGAAUGGGACAACAACGGAUAUUUCGCCUACAGAAUCUGUUAAAACAUCUUCUAAUACGAUGAAAAGCGCCACCGAAAGAGAAAUUGAAACAUCCACGGCAACAGCAACUGCAAUACCUCCUACCUUUACCGUAACUACUCAAGGAACCCUUAGCACCACCCAAAUUACAACAACAACCUCUACAACAUCAACAAAGCCGCCGUGUCCUAGGCCAGUUUGCUUUUAUAGUCUCAGUAAAACAAGAUUUCUUUUAAUUUUCACGAGAAUAUGUUGUUACCAUUGUUGCUAUUUCAAAAACUCCCCAUAUGAGCGCUGCCGCCCAGUUCAUUUAAGACAUUGUGGAUAUCCCUACCAAUAUCCUUCUUAUUAUAAAGAUGCGGAAGAUUAUCACGAUGAUAGCGAGUAUUACAAUUAUUGAAACAGUAUACGUUUAAGUGUUUAGGGAUAUUACUAGCAUAAUUUGUUAAUAAUUUCCAAUAUUUUUCUUUGUUAAUAAAAGCAUUCGUUUGAUGUUCGUUUCAUUAUCUGCGAAA